UUUAAAUUCACACACCAAUUCUUUUUUUUCUUUCAACCAAACUUCAGAUAUAAACGUCUUGCUAUAAAUACACAGAACCCCACAAUUCCAUUAUCCUAAGAUUCCCAACUACUUGAUUUCUUUUCAUCUCCAUUUAGUUAACUUAUUGGCUUCCAAAUUCUUUUCUAGCUGCCUUCUCCUAGCAUUCUUUUUUUACCAUUUUAUAAACAACCAUCCAUCGUAUCAUAGCUAACCAAUAACUAUACCAUGAAGCUCACAGGCUUGUUUCUUCUGGUAACUCUGGCUCUGCUCUUAGCCAUUGCUGUCUCAUCAGAUCCUGACCCUCUCCAAGACCUCUGUGUCGCUGACCUUGCAUCAGGGGUGAAAGUAAAUGGAUUCACCUGCAAAGACACAUCAAAGGUAAAUGCCUCAGAUUUCUCCUCCAAUAUACUAGCCAAACCAGGAGCCACCAACAACACCUUUGGCUCCUUGGUGACUGGAGCCAAUGUUCAGAAAAUCCCAGGUCUCAACACCCUUGGUGUGUCUCUCUCAAGGAUUGACUAUGCCCCAGGUGGCAUCAACCCACCUCACACUCACCCACGUGCCACAGAGAUAGUGUUUGUGCUUGAAGGGCAACUAGAUGUGGGGUUCAUAACCACAGCCAAUGUGCUCAUAUCAAAGACCAUUGUCAAAGGUGACAUAUUUGUGUUCCCAAAAGGCUUGAUUCACUUCCAAAAGAACAAUGCAAAGGUACCUGCUGCUGUGAUUUCAGCCUUCAAUAGCCAACUUCCUGGAACACAAUCCAUUGCUACCACCUUGUUUGCUGCCACUCCACCUGUUCCAGAUCAUGUGUUGACUAAGACUUUCCAAGUGGGUACCAGGGAGGUUGAGAAAAUCAAGUCUAGGCUUGCAUCCAAGAAGUAAAAACACCAACCAAGGUGGUUGUUGGGCUGUCUUGUCUCUCGUCAAUUGUUCUUUUACCCUCUCUCUUCCCACUUUACAAUUCAUGUUUGGAAUAACUCAUAAAGGAGAAUGGUGUACAUUCAUUGUUUAAUAAUUUAAAUUUGAAAGAUGAUUGCAUGUUUGGUAACUAAAUCAGCG